GGUGCCACUUGUGAAAAACACAACGACAAUUCACACGAAGCUUCCAAAUCCGAAGAUUCAAACCCAGUAUCCCACGUUUGAAAUCCCCGUGAAUCCAUCCUUAUAUGCAUACCAUCCUGCAAAAGCACAAACUAAUCAUGAACAAAGUAACAAACCAUUCAUAUGUAUCCCUAAUUGAUUUCAUACAUAUAUGAGAAAGAGAGAAAAGAGAUUAUAAUUGUGAAGGGUCAAAAACUUGAUCAAGAAUUGAAGCAAAAGCAUGGCCACUCCAACAGCAUACCAAGAGCACCUUCCAGCAUCACCCUAUUGGCUGAACAAAGGGGACAACGCAUGGCAAAUGACAGCAGCUACACUUGUUGGUCUUCAAAGCAUGCCAGGUCUUGUGAUCCUUUAUGCCAGCAUAGUGAAGAAAAAAUGGGCAGUGAAUUCAGCUUUCAUGGCUCUCUAUGCCUUUGCAGCUGUUCUCAUUUGUUGGGUUCUUGUGGGUUACCGCAUGGCCUUUGGAGAGAAACUUUUACCCUUUUGGGGUAAGGGUGCACCAGCUUUAGGCCAAAAGUUUCUCAUAAGACAAGCUAGAGUUCCUGAAAGUACUCACUAUUACAACAACGGUACUGUUGAAACCCAUGCUGAAACACCCUUUUAUCCCAUGGCUUCACUUGUCUAUUUCCAAUUCACUUUUGCUGCUAUUACACUUAUUUUGCUGGCUGGUUCUGUCCUUGGCCGAAUGAACAUCAGGGCUUGGAUGGCUUUUGUGCCUCUUUGGCUCAUCUUUUCUUACACUGUUGGUGCCUUCAGCCUCUGGGGUGGUGGCUUUCUCCACCAAUGGGGUGUCAUCGAUUACUCUGGUGGCUAUGUCAUCCACCUUUCCUCUGGAAUUGCUGGGUUAACUGCUGCUUACUGGGUUGGACCAAGGCUGAAGAGUGAUAGGGAGAGGUUUCCACCAAACAAUGUGCUGCUUAUGCUUGCAGGUGCUGGGUUGUUGUGGAUGGGUUGGUCAGGUUUCAAUGGUGGAGCACCAUAUGCAGCUAACCUUGCAUCUUCAAUUGCUGUGUUGAACACAAACGUUUGUGCAGCCACCAGUCUCCUAGUGUGGACGACUCUUGAUGUCAUCUUCUUUGGAAAACCAUCGGUUAUUGGAGCUGUACAAGGCAUGAUGACUGGACUUGUAUGCAUCACCCCAGGAGCAGGGCUUGUGCAAUCGUGGGCGGCUAUAGUGAUGGGAAUACUAUCUGGGAGCUUUCCAUGGGUCACUAUGAUGAUUCUGCAUAAAAAGUCAAGCUUGCUGCAAAAGGUAGAUGACACCCUUGGUGUAUUUCACACACAUGCUGUGGCUGGGCUUUUGGGUGGCCUCCUCACAGGUCUCUUAGCAGAACCAGCCCUUUGUAGAUUAGUAUUGCCAGUGACCAAUUCAAGGGGUGCAUUCUAUGGAGGAGGUGGUGGUGUUCAAUUCCUCAAGCAGUUAGUGGCAGCCACAUUUGUAAUUGGAUGGAACUUGGUGUCCACAACCAUCAUUCUCCUUCUCAUACGACUUUUCAUACCCUUGAGGAUGCCGGAAGAGCAGCUAGAGAUCGGCGAUGACGCCGUCCACGGCGAGGAAGCUUAUGCCCUUUGGGGCGAUGGAGAAAGAUUUGACCCAACUAGGCAUGGUUCCUUACACACUGGCCACUCUGCCGUAUCACCUUAUGUUAAUGGUGCAAGAGGUGUGACUAUAAACUUAUGAGUCAACAAGUAUUAAGCCCUUGUUUUGCUCCCCAUUAUGUAUAAAUUUAAUAUAUGUAUGUUAUGAUUAGCAAUUGUGAACAAUCCGGAUUCAUGAGUGGUGUAAGUAGAAUUUUGAUUUUCAUGAAAGAAAAUUUCAAGUAAUGCUUUUUGUUCCUCUAGUACUCCAUUAAUUGUAUAGUUCUUUUCAAACACAUUUAUUUUUUAUUCACCUCAAAU